GUUCAACGCGGCGGAAGUGAACUGCCAGGUAAACAUUUAGCUCUAAUACAGUUGCUCUCUAAAACAUGUCAAAUUCUUUUUUUUCGAAUAUUUUAUGAAAGUGCCUUUGAAAUACCACACUUUAGUUCGCUUUCUGACAAUAUUGUCACUGACGUGUUACAAACUGACCCACACAUCGGUAAAGUUGUUGGCUGCUGUUUAGCCAGCUGAGCUAGCUAGUAACGUUACAGUGCCACAGACAAAAGGGUUAGCUAGCUAGUUAUCAGUAUCUUUGGUAUUGCUGCUUCACUCUCAGUGACUUGGCCAACUUAGCAAACUUGGUAGCGUUAGGCUGUGUGGGUGAUUUUUUUUUAUCUCCCUAGUAGAGCAAUGAAUUCCUGUUUACAAAACGAAGAAAACGCUCGUGCAGUGGAAAAUGCUAUCAGAACAGCGGUAAAUACUGUCAUGGAUGUUAUUUACAAUAUGAACAGUACCAAAAUACUGGAAUGUGAAAGGAAGGUGGCCGAGAGGGACAAAGAAAAUGAAACGCUUAAAUGUAAGCUUAAAAAAGCUGAAGAGGAAUUAACAGCAUUUCGAGUAGGCCUAUCUUUUGAAUUUUCUGCACUUUCAUCAGGAAGAGAUUUUGGGAAACCGAUGUGCAAUGAGAACGAGGUGGGAAGCGAAACUAAUUGGAGAAUGGAUUUCCCCAGUCUCAAUGCAGGGACUCCUGGGCUUUCAGCAGAGAGAACCAGAGGCCAGUCCCCAUCAGCCACUCCAGUCACCAGCCCAGUGAUAAAAGAGGAGCCUGCUGACACUGGGUCCUUCUACAUCAAAUGGGAGAUGAGUGAGGAGAGCAUUGCGGAACAACAGGAGGGCUUAGGCCCGAUGCACGUCUUGGGGAAAGAGUCUGAUGGAAUGUUUUCUGUUGCUGGUAGCCAGAGUCCAGGCGAUAGACGUUCAGAACUGUCUGAGGAGACAUCGAUAGAGCGUGUGAAAAGGAGGCUGUCAAGCGCAGAGACACAGCGGCAGUACAGAGAGAGAAUCCGUGCUGACCCUGAGAAGUUGCGGGCUUACAAGGAAAGGGCAAAAUGCAGGGAGGAUGAUGAUUAUGAUGAGGAUUGGAUCAGCAACUUUCAUGUCCCUUGGCAGCAGACGCCUGAAAGCCUCAGGCGAGCCAUUGCAGAGGGACGAAGAGUCGAGGCGGCAGAUAGGCGGCUGAUGGUGAGGAUCACCGUUGAUGCAAUGCGUGUACACUGCCUCAACCCCAACAAGAAAGUAUGUUCAGAAAUUGCCAAAGCUAUAGUUUCAGAAUAUCCAGAGAGCUUUGCAGACCUGUCAAAAGAAGGGGAACUGCUUAGCAGAAGGUACUCCUCCUUGCUCACCCAAAUAAAGACCAGAGUGGAGCAUGUGAACCGGAACACUGAAAAUAGAAUACGCAGACCCAAGACGAGCAAAAAAGGGGAAACCGGCAACAGACAAGUCAAAACAGCAAGAACAAAAGUGGACAGUUAUGGGUGCAUAAACUGGCACCCACAGGACCUUCCAGAAGGAGAAACUCCUGACUCCCUGGAAAAUAAGAGACAGAUUAUGGCCACCAUUUUCAACAGUGCAAGCCCCAGAGGUGUGGACAGGGGAGACGUGGAUGAAUUCAUGAGGCUUACGUACAUUAACCAACGCCACAUGAUAAAUGCAUGGCCAGCCCCAAGCAUUGGUGACGUCAAGGAACAAUGGCCUUUUCUUUUUACCAAGAGAUGGCUCUGCGCCCACUUCCACAUGCUCACUGGAGUUGAGAUCGACCGCUGUCUCAGUGAUGCUCUCCAGAGCAAAGGAAAGACCAUUGUCAAUUUCUUCCGAAGUCAGAAACCCAACUGGAGGAGAGGCAUCCAAAGUCUCCUCAAUGACAUUGAAGGUGACGUCAGUGGAAACCUCACAGCCUGUGCUGCCAUUCUUCUGGUGCUGACCCACUUCAGAGAGAAAGAGGACUCUCUCUUCCUUUUGGCUGAUGUGAAUGACACCCAGAUGGAUGUAGAGGCUCAGUUGCAUUUGCCGGCCACUCCGAGACUUAUCAUGCUUGGGAGUUCCCUGCUGGCUUCAUCUAAGUGGAUGGUGUCGAUCGAGGGGAGAGUGGUCUGUGUUUUGGAUAAUCAGUCCAACUUUGCUGCUGCCCUCUCUGUGCUCUUCGGAUGUUUCUACGUGUUCAAUACAGAGUACCAGGAGACAGCCUCAGCAACACUGGAGCUUAUUCAGAGGUUUCUAGUAGGGAUCAACCCAAAUGAAGGAACCAAAUGCUCUUCAUACCUUGAUUCAGAAGCCGGGGUGAGCCGCAGGACUGGAAGAGUUGUGCAAAGGAAAACCGAUGUAGUUGCCACCUUCCUCAAAGACCUGACUGAAUUUGAAUGGUGAACCAGUUUCAUAGGAGAUGCAAACACACAAACAAGGAUGCACAUACAUGAUGCAUAGCUUCAAAUGUUAUAAUGUUGCUCUUGUUUAAUAUCAACCAAUCAACACUACAGAUUGCAAUUGAGAUCUAUCAUGAUAUGCAUCUUGGAAUAAUUGUUAUAUGUUUCUGUUGUCUGGCCCUGUCUGUGAAGGGGAAACGUGAUUUUAUAACUUUUAUGUUAUAAUGAUGUUCUAAAUGAUUACCGGAAGUGUUUUUUUGUUGUUGACAGAUUUCUUUAAGACGUUUUGUUGACUUACUGUAAACAAAAUCAGUGUGAUUAAAUUCAGUUUUGUUCAGAACGAGUUCCCAUUUCACUACAGUAUUAAAGGGGCAGUGAAGUUAAACUUGAUUUUCCUGCUUUUUGUUAUAUUUCCACACAAUGAGGUUGAAAUAAAACUCAGAAAUUGUAAAAA